AUGCAUCGAGAUUUCCAUAGUGGAAACAUAUUAUAUGAUUUAGGUAGUCGUGAUAGAUGGAAUUUUAAUCGACUAUUCAUUAUUGAAUGGAAAAUUAGAGAUUUAGGAUUAUCACAAGCUGUAAAUAAUAGAUCAUCAAAUAAUGAAAUAUAUGGAGUAAUACCUUAUAUUGCACCAGAAAUCUUUAAAGAGUCUAAAUUUUCUCAGAAAGCUGAUAUUUAUGGGAACUUACUACGGGUAGUAAACCUUUUGCUAAUGUUAAACAUGAUAUUCAUCCUAGAUGUAAGAUUAUUGAUGGAAAACGACCUAAAAUUACAAGAUGAUACACCAGAAUGUUAUGCCACCUUAAUGAAAAGUUGUUGGGAUCCUGAUCCCAAAAAAAGGCCUUCUAUAAAAAAUAUUUAUAAUACUUUAAUUAUGUAUUUGGCUAUUUGCUCUCAAUUUAAAAUAUAA